CGCAAGGAGCCGACCACAGACCGGCCACCGCAAGACAGUAUCGGAGCCCACCAAUAUGAGACUCGCCGUCGAGUCGGAACCCUCCAAAAUCCACCAUGGUCAAUAGGCGGCACGCUGGAGAAGGAAGGAGGACUCGACAGAAGUUCGCCUCAAGUGCAGAUGACGGCCAGCGCCGUGGGGUGCGGAGCACCCAUCAGUGGAGAGGCUCAGGGAAGCGGCGCAAAAGAGACGAGAAAAAUUAGAGGAGAGAGAAAAUAUAUUUACCAAAAACGUUGGAUUUGCAAUUCACAACAGAGAAUAUCUUGGUUCUUGGCUAUAGCAGAUUUGUUCUUCUUCAACACAUGCAGUGAGCUAGAAAUGCCAACUCCGACCAAAAUUCUCGAACGAACACUCUCCACCAGACGGCAGCAGCCUCACGCCGCCGAGGAGGCGGCCGCAGCUGAAGAAGUAGGCGGCGGAGAAACCGCCGACGAGUCCAAGAACCGGAAGCACAUAUCCGUAGCUAUGAGGGUGACCAAUUACUUGAUUCGGACAGGGUACAUAUGGCCGGUUCUGACUCUAGGGCUUGCAAUCGUCAUUAUCUCGUCGCUGGUUGUUCACUCACGAGAUUUGGUCUGCAUCUCGGCUUCCUCCUCGGAGCACAUCUCUUCGUUGUUUUUUGGAUUCGAUGGUCCCGAGUCGGAUUUCGGAUCUCUUGGCAGAUCGAAACACGGAAAAACUGUGGAAUGGACAUCGAAAGACUUGAUCCAAGGUCUCGAAGAGUUUGUGCCAAUAUAUGAAACCCGGCCCAUUAAGAACAACGUGUACGGUAUGGGCUUCGACCACAGUUUCGGACUUUGGUUUAUCACGAGAUGGCUGAAGCCGGAUUUGAUGAUUGAAAGUGGUGCUUUUAAGGGGCACUCGACUUGGGUCUUAAGGCAGGCCAUGCCUGAUAAGCCUAUCUUAUCACUUUCACCUAGGCAUCCUGAGAAGUACCUCAAGAAAGGGCCUGCUUAUGUUGAUGGAAAUUGCACCUAUUUUGCUGGAAAGGACUUUGUGGACUUUGGAAGCAUGGACUGGGGAAAAGUGAUGAGAAAGCAUGGGAUCACGGAUGAUAGUCGGGUGCUUGUGUUCUUCGAUGACCAUCAGAAUGAACUUAAGAGAUUGAAGCAAGCACUGAAAGCUGGGUUCAAACAUCUGGUUUUUGAGGACAACUAUGAUACUGGAACAGGAGACCACUAUUCCUUCAGGCAAAUAUGUGAUCAAUUUUAUAUUAGAGGCGGCGGCCAUAGUUGCUUCAAAGAAAGUGACGAGGCUCGGACAAGAUACAGAAGAAAGAAGUUUUGGGAGAAAGCUGUGGACACAGACGAGCUUUGUGGGCCCGGGGACGCUUGGUGGGGCGUAAGAGGUUUCAUGCGUGACGAUUUCAACCACAGCAACAAGGCCAUCACUUUUGCCGAGCAUUUUCGGAACAGCCGAUUUGUGGAGUCUGUGCUCGAAAGUUACUGGGAGCUGCCACCUGUCGCAGGCCCUUCGCUGACUCACCAGACAAGGUAUGACCCAGCCCGUACGAGUAGACCUAUUGUGGAGGAUGGUAAGUAUGGUUUGUUUCAGAGGCUUGGGCUAGCACGGCUCGAGAGGUCGGUUUUUAAUGGGUACACACAGAUGGUGUAUUUGCAGUGUGGGGAGACUUUUUUGGAGCUCCUCCGCCAGGACCAGUGCGCCGUCGCUGCCCGGGUUUUCUCCGCCCUUCGGUCGGAGCACGGCGCCGAUCUCGACGCGUACGCCGAAAUGGUGGUGGCUCUGGCGAGGAACGGGCUGGCAGAGGAGAUCGAUCGGCUGAUCUUUGAGAUGGAGUGGGAGGGCGGGAUCAAGUGCGGCGAGAGCAAGGGGCUGCUGAGGCUGGUGCAGGCUUUGAUUGGCGCGGGCAGGAAGGAAUCGACGGUCAGGAUGUACGGGAUGAUGAAGAAGAGUGGGUGUGAGAUGGAUGAUUACUUGGGAAAGGUUCUGAGCAAGGGUUUGAGGGGGUUUGGGGAGGAUGGCUUGGCUGACGAGGUUGAUUUGGAAUUACGGAGUAUAAAGCAAGCCCUCAAAGCUGGGUUCAGACAUCUGGUUUUUCAGGACAACUAUGAUACUGGAACUGGGAGACAUCUGGUUUUUCAGGACAACUAUGAUACUGGAACUGGGGACCUUGCUUCAAAGAAAGGGAUGAGGCUCGGACAAGAGACAGAAGAAAGAAGUUUUGGGAGAAAGCUGCUUGGGCUAGCACGACUCCAGAGGUCGGUUUUCAAUGGGUACGCACAAAUGGUGUAUCUAAAGGUUGAACAAGCACAAUAUAAUUGCGAAAUUUUUUCUAAGUACGGAGCCAAUCUUGGAAACCUCAGUGGCAAGUCGAGUCGUGUGAUCGAUGAUCUUUUCAGGAGCCGAUUCACUGGUCCUCGGCUCAACGACUUUAGCUUGGGCCACCAAGGCUUGACCUCCUUCAAGAGGAACUUGGGAAAGAGGUUGAGCCGUUGGAGUAGGUGGAAUGAAAACAACAUUGGCGGUCGAAGAGGUCGUCUGAUCGAUGAUCUUUUCAGGAGCCAAUUCACUGGUCCUCGGCUCAACGACCUUAGCUUGAGCCACCGAGGCUUGACCUCCUUCAAGAGGAACCUGGGAAAGAGGUCGACGCCGCUG